AUGCGUAAAAAAAUACGCACACCCUUGUUGGUGGUGUCGCUGAUCAUCCUCAUUUGUGUUUUAAAAAGUUCAGUCGAAUGUGUGAAUUUAGCUCCACAAAGGACGAAGUGGACCCGCCUUAGGAGGUGGAAAACGGCAAAGGUACAGAGAAGCAGAAACAACCGAAUCAAGCGUAAACAGUUUUACAUUACCAGUUAUGGUAUUAUUCCAAGAAGGGACAAACCAUCCUGCAGAAAGAUCUUCAGAAUAUACAAAGGAUGUGGAACGACAUGUUCAUACGAAUGGAUAGAGAGGGAUGACAACGUAGAGGUGAAGAUAUGUCUUGCCCCGCAUGUUACUUCAGAUGACAUACACUUCAUAUUAAAAAGUGAUUACUUAUAUGCCAAGCUGAAAAAUAAACCACAGAGUCUAAUAGAAGGGAAGCUAAAAGGGAUGGUAGAUAUAAACCAGUCUACGUGGUUUCUAGAAAGGAGCAGAGACUUCUCCGUUCUUAUGAUCCAUUUGAAGAAGAGACAAGAUAAAGGAAUAAACGAAUGGGUUGGGGUAAUUGAAAAGGAAAAUAUCCUUCACCUAUCAUAUGAUAAUGCAUCCUCAGCAAACAAUGAAUUUAAUCCAUCCACACAUGUAAAUGCAGAACCGAAUGAAAUCCUCCUUAGAGAAAAAUUUCCCAUGGCCAAGGCGGAUGAUGUUUUCAGUUUCGUCCUGAAGUGGGCCAAUACCAAGUCCAAUGGCCCGAACGAGUUUGGCAUCCCCAGAAUGAAACUAAAAACCACAGUUAUAAAUGAUGAGCAUGGAAUUGAAAUAAUAAUUUCAGGAUAUGAUUUCAAGUGGGAGGCUGAAGACAGCUUGGUAAUAAAAUUCAGUUCUCUGGAAAAUGGAGUAGAACUUAUUGUGCACAGGGGGAAGGUGGCUAGUGGGGUUAGAGGCCUGCAUGGAAAUAUGGUGAGUUUUCUUGUGAAAGAAUGCGAAAAAAGGAUAUUGAAAAAAUUGCAGCACGAUUUGAAAGGAGUUUUUUAUUUAAACCCUAUGUCAAAGAAGGCAGAGACACUCAUGCAUGGACACACGCCGCAGACUAACUAUGAUUACAUCUCCAGCGAUAAGACGGGUCCACAACACAUCUCCGUGAACAGGGAAGAGCCAAAUGAAAAGUUCACACACAGUAAUAAUGUAAACCCAGUUGACCAUCAAGAGGAAGGAACAAACAAGGAGCAGGUCAAACAUAUAAGGAAAGACUCUCCACAGGAAGAACUGAUAGUAGAAGAACUGAAACUCCAGUCAAAGGUCAACCUGACCUGUGAUGAUAAAUCGAAAGAACCAGAAUAUAUGAAAAACUGGUCCGAAGAGAAAAAAAUCGAAUUCAGAAGAAACUCAGUUUUACAAUUAAAGAAAAAUUUAGAAAUGGCACAGGAGAACAAACUGAUCAUGAAGCUCGAGGAUUAUGUCAACUAUAUGAAGAUAUCUUUUGACCUGACGGAUGAGGAGGCUAAGCUUGUUUGGAAAAAAGGUAUGGCUAAAUCGGAUGAGCAGAAAAGCAAGGAGAGUUUUUACAGAUUCACGGAGGUGGAGAAACUUACCGACAGGAUAGGUCUAGUCGUUCCGGGGGAGGAGACCAACUCAAGUGGUGAUGCUAUAGGACCAGAAGAAAACUUCUCCUACUGUCAUAAAGAGCAAAAUACCCCCUUCACUGACUUAACGAAGAAGGAAAACUUCGAUGAUAAGGAAGACAAAACCACGGAAGAGGCAAACCAAAACAGCAUCAACAGACGUUUUUUCAACUGUCUGGAACAGGAGUUACUGGACCCAGAAGAUAAACCCAAACUGACACUGUACGAAAUAUACAGCAAAAGUGACCAGGCGGAAAAACAAAAAAUGAGAGAAAAAUGGAAAAUGAAUGAACUCAGGUUAAAUACUCUAAUUAAUGAAUUGGCCUAUUCAGAAGAAGACCUUAUCCCCACCGUCUGUAAUAACUAUCGAGAUGUCUUACUGAGCGAUGAAUACGCCACCCUCAUGCAAAUCAGGCUUGAAGAAUCUCCUCCGAAAAAUGAAGAAGAAAAAAAAAUUCUCAAAAUAAUUAACUCUUUCGCAUUAAGUCUCUACGAUGAUAUAAAAAUUGUCAUGGAGCAUGAAGAAAAAGAACACUUAAAAAAAAUCCAACUCAUUUGUGAAAAAGCUAUCAACGACGAAAAGGGGCUGAACGAUUUUAUCGAAUCCAUGAAACCACUCUUGGAUUACUCCUUUCUUGGGUAUAUAAAACAUGCCAUACGAAUGGAAAAGAAAAAAAUAAAAAUGGAGAAUAAGGACUUCCGAGAACAACCCUCCGAUUGGCUUAUCAUCCUAAUGAUUAUCCAAAAGGGAAUUUAUUCUAUUUUGGAGAAGGACAUAUGGGAAGACGUUAUCCACGUUACUACCAUUAUUUGCCAGGAACAACCCAGUGUGCGUAAGACCAUGCUAACCACUAUGGUUGCCUCCAUGCCCAAGGCCGAUUGGAUUUUUUUCAAGGAUGUUAUUAAAACGAUAUACAAAUGUGUUCAGGAAAGGAAAAUUACAGCUAACCAUUUUCCUGACUUCCCUCAUAUACCCGAAGCUAUUUUCCAGCUCAACUAUGACAUAGAGAGAAUUCUGCCUGACUGGUUCAUAAAGGAAAUGCUAGACCAAUACGAUAAGUCUGUCGUGGAGUUAAUGAAAUCAAGGAAGCCCUUGUUUUGGAAAAUGAAGGAGACCAACUGGGACAAGAAGUUCGUACAGGAUUUCAAACAACUCCAGGUUCAGCAGUUCCGCCAGUACGAGCGCCACUCGGGCGGGGGUCCCACCUAG